UCGUUGAGAAGUAGUGCAUUAUUAGUUAUAAACUCAUUAGAACUAACUUCCGAUAAUUACAUUGUUGCAUGGGAACUUUUACAAAGCAGGUAUAACAAUAAUAGAUUAUUAAUUCAAAAUCACAUCAAGUCUAUAUUUAAUAUGCAACCAAUAACCAAGGAAUCUCAUUUAUUAAUUAGGAAUUUAAUUGACAGCACAUUAAGGAAUUUACGAGCUCUGAAAAUAUUGGGCGAGCCCACGAAUUUCUGGGAUGCUCUUAUCAUAUUCAUUGUUGUUUCAAAACUUGAUAAAAUAACCGAGCGUGAAUGGGAACAGCACAAAGAGAAUAUUGAGCUGGCGGAUCCCAACUUUCUGGAGUCACAAGAUAUAGAUAUUUUGCUUGGCGCAGAGAUGUUCUGGGAUCUACUCACUCACGGAAAAAUAAGGCUACCUAAUGGACCUUAUUUGCAUAAUACUUUAUUCGGCUGGAUAAUAUCCGGUGCAAUAUAUCAUAAAUCACUAAAUGAUAAUGCUGGUCAUAUCCAGUGUGAUUAUACACAAACGAUGGAUGCGCUAUUACGACAAUUUUGGGAACUUGAGGAGCUACCCAAGCGUCAGGAUGCGCAGACUGAUGAGGAUCAGAUAUGCGAAAAUCACUUCCUCACUACAACUACGCGAAACAGUGAUGGUAGGUUUUGUGUUUCUAUUCCUUUUAAACAGUCACCUGAGCUUUUGGGAGACACUUUUCCUCAGGCAGAACGACGUUUUCUCGCACUAGAAAGGCGAUUACAACGCUCGGAUACAUACAAGCAAAUGUAUUCUGAUUUCAUUCAUGAAUAUGAGAAUUUGGGUCAUAUGACCAGGAUUUCCUCUUAUGACAAACCUCAUUAUUUUAUGCCCCACCAUGGAGUUCUUCGUGAGUCUAGUUUGACCACAAAGCUACGCGUGGUAUUUGACGCUAGCACAGCUUCCAGUUCUGGGCUGUCUCUCAAUGACAUACAGCGUGUAGGCCCACCUAUACAAGGUGAUUUAUUUGCCAUUCUUCUACGUUUCAGGCAGCAUCGCUUCGUGGCAUGCGCCGACGUUGCGAAGAUGUAUAGGCAAGUCCUGACGACUUAG